UUGAUGAUGAUGAUCAUCAACCCAGCUCUGCUCUGAUUACAUUCUUGUCGGUCAAGAGCAAAAUUCAAAGAUGAGGUCUAUCUUUCUCAAAAAGAACACCGACAUAUCUCUUCGAAGCUGCAGCGGCGGCCGAUAAUUUCUUCCAUUCAGCUUCGUCAAAAGCUAUCGUCUGAACGCAUGACAUCCCAUAUUUUUCAUAGUCGGCUUCUAUAGGGUUCUGGUUGAUCUGGUUCUGGUGCGAAAACCAAAACCAUAAAGAUCUUUCUAUAAAGCAAAAAAUAAUAUAUAUACAACGAUUUGUGCAUGCUACUGCUGCUGGUCUGCAAGAUUCAGCUGUCCAAGUUGAAUUUUCAAUCACCCUUAUAAGCAGUAAUUGUUUUGUUACAAACUCAAAAGAGAUUUUGCACAAAAAAUAUUGUUCUUCAGAAAUACCAUCAGGGUCGAUCUGUCUUGCUUCUCUCUUUAUCACUGUGGUUACAUGUGCUUGCUUAUAAAGGUGGCGAACCAGCGGGGCUCAGGUAAGUCCGUCAGGUUUCCGGCUCGAGACAGUGGCGGCGAAGAUGAAUUGGGAAGAUUAUAUGGCCAAGAAGAACUACCAGAAAUACUGCCACAAACACAAGAAACGGACCGGGGAAUACAUCAUCCGGGUGUAACCAUGAGGGAGCCAAUUUUUUCCGAUCUCAGCCGGACGACGACAGAUAUGGUUUCGGAGCUUAGGCAAGUGGUUUCGGGUCAGAGAGGCGGUGGCUGGGGGCAACACGGGACAAGUAUGAGCGGUACUGCGGUAACGUCGAGUUUUGGAGGUGUCUAUUCUCCUUCUCCUUCUCCACCUCUGUCUGCUUACUCUUCAAGUUCUGGUUCUGGUUUUGCCUCUGCUUCUGGAUUUAGUUCCUGGUCUGGGCAGAAGAGAGGGCGUGAAGAAGAGGGUGUUACUCAGUUGAUUGAUUCUAUUCCUAGGGGAUUUAGAGGUUCUGGUGUUGAUCAUUUCAGAGCAUCACGGGGAGGAGAUCCAGAGUCAACAUCUGGUGUAACUGUAGCAGAAGAAUCUGCAAAUAUUUUUGCAACAACUGCCGCUGCCGCCGCCACCACAGUAUCGGCGGCAGCACCAUCAAGCGAGAAUGCUUCCUUUGAAGAAACCGGCGAGAGGAGGAGAAGAUAUAGAGGAGUAAGGCAGAGGCCAUGGGGUAAAUGGGCAGCCGAGAUACGCGAUCCCCACAAGGCUGCGAGGGUCUGGCUCGGCACCUUCGACACCGCAGAGGCCGCCGCCAGAGCCUACGAUGAAGCCGCCUUGAGGUUUAGAGGUAACAGAGCCAAACUAAAUUUCCCGGAAAAUGUCAGAGUAGUACCGCCUCUCCAAAACUACUCAGCGGCUGCCACGGCAUCGAUAUCCAUUUCGGAUUCUCAAGCAAGCCAUUUGCAGCAGACUCCAUCGCCGCAGCCAUUUCAACCACAGUUCUUUCAGCCACAACCGUACCAGGGACCCUCUGAAAUUUACAGAGACUACUUGGAUUACUCGCAGUUGCUUCAGAGCUCGGGGGAUUUUCAUCAGGGACAACAACCCACGACUUUGGUGGAGCAGAUGUUCUAUAAUUCGCAGUUAGCCUCUCGUCAAUCAUCAUUGUUAACAUCAUCUUCUUUAAACACUUCAUCAUCUUCGUUUGCACCCUCUGGUUCUUCCUCCUCUGCUUCAUAUCCCCUGUUUUCUAACCAGCAGUUGGGCUAUUUUCCACCACCCGGAAAUCAAAAUCAAAGCGGUGGUGAAAGCUCAGAUUUGCCUCCGCAUCCGCCGUCGUGGUCAGAUUCAGUUCACUAUCCUAGCUCUUCCAGUUAAAAUUGAUCACAUAAAUUUUCAUUUUCAUUUUAAAAACAAUUAGUAUUCUUUUCUGUUUUUGUUUUUUACUUAAUGAUUUUACUGUGCUUUGUAUUAGCAUGUCGUUAUUUCUUUUAGUUA